GCGGACGCAGGACGAGCCGCAGGAAUUGGCGCGAUCCUUCCUUCUCUCCAUACUUCCCCCAAAAACACGCGCGAUCCUUCGGGUCGGACACGCAGACGCGACGCCGCCGACGCUAAAGCCGCCACCGCCGCCGCCGUCGACACGCAAUUACUUUCAAAGUGAACGCAAGAAACUUUCGAAAAUUACGAAAAACUUUCAUUUACAUACACAAACCAACGAACUAUUUGUGUUUUUCUAUUACAUAUUUUUUCCUUAAAGGAUUAUUAUCUUCCAAGGUUGGCAAGGGCGGAAGAAGGAAGAGGAGGAAGAUUGAAGAAAGUGGAUUUGGAGAAACAAUCAUGGUGAUGCCGUAUGGAAUUGUGGCAAGGUUGAAUUGAAUCAGAGAUGCCGAUAUGGGGUGGUGGUCUACGGGAGAGGCGGUCUACAGAGAUCGGAACGAGCUAAUAAAUCGGUAACAGAAUAUUUAUUGGGUGUUCGAUGGGAAUGGGUGAUCAUGGGUGCUGGUAAUGGGAAGAAGAUUGGUGAUGGUGGUUGGUAACGGGCACCGAUGAGGGCGCGUGAAUGUUCGAAACGUGGUCGCUGGUGACGACAUGCGUGCGCCGGGCUAUGUGCCGCGACACCUCGAUACCGUCGUCGUUUUCGUCGCGUCGCUCUUCAGCGCCGUUAUCUUGAUGGUGCUCGUCCAGAUGGAUGGGACCGGCGCCUCCUUGCUGGUCCACAAGUACAGCACUCGCGUCGUCAGGACCAAAUACGGACCCCUGCGUGGCGUCAUGAUACACAUCCAUCCUCCCGUUGAGGCCUUCCUCGGUGUACCAUAUGCUACUCCCCCAGUUGGUAGUUUAAGAUAUAUGCCCCCUGUGACACCAUCGAUGUGGAAAAAUACGCGAUUAGCGGACAGAUUUAGUGCAGUGUGUCCUCAGAGGCCUCCGGAUAUCGGCAACAGAACAGAAGCCUUAUUCGAAUAUCCUCGAGGUCGUCUUUUGUACCUCGAAAAACUGUUACCUCUACUAGCAAACCAGAGUGAGGAUUGCCUCUACCUCAACGUUUACGUCCCCAGGAACAGUAAGUAGACACUACAAAAAUUUUGGUAUUUUCCGAUGCAAAAAAAAAACAAAGACGCCAAAAAAAGGAUUCCCUCCUUCCUCCAAGCCUCGAAAAGCAAGUAAAUAAUCUUUGAUCUCGUCGAUGCAGCUUUUUACUUCUCAUCUUAGUUCUCCACACGCUAGACUGCAUUCUUAUAAGAAGCUUAAAUUAAACGUAAGC